UUUUUUUUUGGUAAAGAAUUCUACUGAAGUCCUGAAAGAAUUGCGUUCAGCCCAUUUAACGGAAAGGAUUCAUCCGUCCAUCCAAGUCGCAGUGACCGGUUAGAAGUGUUGAAGGCUUUUCCUCACCUUCUCUUUGUUUCUCCUCCUGCCUUUCUCUCCCCGGAACUAGAAGCUGUACUCAUCAGACAGAAAUGGUUAUUCCACCACCAGUUAAGUGGCCACCAAGAGUUACAAAAUUUCUGAAACCAUAUGUCCUGAAGCUGCACCUCACAGACAAGUAUGUGAGUGCACAAGUUAUCCACUCACCCACUGCCACAAUAGCAUGUUCUGCAAGUUCUCAGGAGAAGGCCUUGAGGUCAAGCAUGGAGAAUACUCGAGAUAUAGCAGCUGCUGUCAAAAUUGGGAAAAUACUAGGGGAACGCCUGCUGCUCAAGGACAUCCCUGCUAUUUCUGUUUUCCUGAAAAGAGAACAGAAAUAUCAUGGAAAGGUGAAAGCUGUGAUAGAUUCUGUUAAAGGAGCUGGUGUAAAACUCCUAUAACUCUACUUCCAAUGAAUUCUACCAUGUCCCGAACUGAUUUCUCGGAGAAAUGAAAUUUUUUUCUUCUUUUGAGCUUGUUAAUUAAUAGCAGGAAAAAUGAUUGUAUUUUGAUGAAUAUUUAAUUGAAAAAAACACAAAAAUAAAUAUUAUAUAGUUUCAUCAA